AUGAAUUCCACUUUCCAAGCAAAACUGGCGGACAGGCAACCCGAUAACUUCCGCCACUACACAUACCCUCCCCCCCUUAAACCCAAGCGAACCCAGGUUUCGCGAGGACGAGAGGCGAUCCCUGAGAAAUGCCCUCUACCAGACCUCGUACCCAAUAGUCUCUUCGACGAACUUGACGACGCGCAGAUUCAACCUAUGAUUCCGGGCUCGACCCACGCUACUUCUCUCAAUGACGCGCGGGAAAUAUCUUCACCCUCGACACCGGACGCCGCCUUAUUGAACCUGAAUUUGAUAGCUGAAAAGCCUGGCUGUGAAGCGAUGACCGAGAAGAGUGUCCUGGGCGAAGUCGAAAUAGAAGACUCCCAACAAUCUACCUCAGGGCGCACACUCUAUAGCGACGGCGUGGUUCUGGACCAGAGGAACCCGUCACGGUCCGCUUCGAUUCCUGUAGCGGCGAGCAAUCUGGAUGCAGGAGUGGAUAACUCGAGUCCGAGCAGUGCCGGUGAUGUGCAUAACGACAAUACCUCCACUGGUAGCACCCAGGCGGAUGACGAUAGAGGCUGCCACGGCCGUGCCGAACAGCAGGAGCCAGAGAGGCAGGAGCUAGGGUCACCAUAUGACGACAUAAUUCCCAGCGUCCCCGAGAUCCGCGACCCUAAAUUCGGGAAUACGGCGGGUAAUACCUGGUCUGAAAAGAGUCACCUUGAGCCAAGACAAGGCGCGCUUCAGUCAGCAGAACCGGGACCUCGAGUGGUGAUACCCACUAGCCGCGCUCCAUUGGGACAACCGAGUCUAAAAGCGGUUUCGCCUUACCCUGCCGCAACGAUAAAAGCACCUCGAUUCCCGGCCGGGGUAACAAGUCGACCACUUAGCCAUAAGAUCGUUCAUCCACCUCCGAGAGCGAAACGGAGGGCUUCCACAAUGGCUGGCCAACUCAACAUACGCCAUCGUCGACUCAGGACGACGAACCGGGCGAGGGCCAGCCCUGAUGCAUGGCCAAGCGACAGUGACUCUGACUCCAGCUACGAUGGCGAAGACAACUUAGAUGCAGCUAAAGACGCAAGGCCGAGGCCGAGGCAGAGGCAGCGGGCACCACGACUAUCUGGGAUCUCCAAAUCUGCCGCUACUCCUAAAUGGAAGUCGCGAAGCGGUGGUCGCACGAGCUCCGUUAGCACUCGUUCACAGUCAGGGGUGCUCUUCCGAGGUGUAGAGGACAGCCCGAGAGCCAAUACCGCCUUGGGUGUCCUCUGCGACGCCGGUGUGGCGGCGACCCUCGGUUUGUCGAUGUUGCCAAAUCCCAACAUCCCGCCGGUAACGUCGACCGAAGUUGCCGUCCUGACAGUCCUUCUCGCUGACAUAACCGAGAUCGGGGCGCUCCUGGAAUCCCCUGCGGCCUGCGGUCUCACCGGAGCUCCCUUCUCCACGGCCAGGCUAGUUCACGCUACUGUCAAACCUCACCCAUCGCAGCAAUGGCAAGUGACUGUCACAUUCUCCUCGGCUCCUAGUGUUGUACAAACGGCUAAAAACCCCGGCCUCGACACCGAGGCAUACACUUCAAGUGCCGACAGCGUCGGCUCUUCGAGCAGUAUACACAGUGUCCACCAUUACUCUUCCGAGGACGAAUCCGGAUCUCGAACACGGGGAAGGAAGCGUGGCCGAUGGGAGGAAGAGGACGACGAAAACUUGAUCGCGUGGAGACGCCUUGGUAAGCCGUGGUCUUGGAUCUACAAAAAAUUUCCAGAUCGAAGCGAGGGGGCUAUUAAAUCACGCUGGUACGUGGUUCUGGCGCCGCGACAGAAACCGAAAAGGUCGUGA